ACGGAAUCUCCGCCAUCCGCCACGUGUCAGAUUCUCAUUGGACCUCUACUCUCCUAUAUCAACGCCUACAUCCUUGUAACUUUUCCCCCUUUAUUCAUUUUCAUCCUCUCUCUCUCAGGUAGUGAAAUUUGCAUUGCAGGAUUACGUGGUGAGGUUCGCAUAUCUGAGAAAUGGCAGAUUCUUCUAGGGAAGAGAACGUUUACAUGGCGAAGUUGGCCGAGCAGGCCGAGCGGUAUGAGGAGAUGGUUGAGUUCAUGGAGAAGGUAGCGAAGACUGUGGAGGUCGAGGAGUUGACUGUGGAGGAGAGGAAUCUUCUCUCUGUGGCGUACAAGAACGUGAUCGGGGCGAGGAGGGCUUCGUGGAGGAUUAUAUCCUCCAUUGAGCAGAAGGAGGAGAGCAGAGGCAAUGAGGACCACGUGGCUAUUAUAAAGGAGUACAGGGGAAAGAUUGAGACCGAACUCAGCAAGAUCUGUGAUGGGAUUUUGAACCUCCUUGAGUCCAACCUCAUCCCUUCUGCUCAAUCUCCCGAAAGUAAAGUCUUUUACCUUAAAAUGAAGGGUGAUUACCACAGGUACCUUGCUGAGUUUAAGACUGGGGCAGAGAGGAAAGAUGCUGCAGAGAGUACUUUGCUUGCUUACAAAUCCGCUCAGGAUAUUGCUCUUGCUGACCUGGCCCCCACCCACCCUAUUAGGCUUGGACUUGCUCUCAACUUUUCUGUGUUCUAUUAUGAAAUCCUUAACUCACCAGAUCGUGCUUGUAAUCUUGCCAAGCAGGCAUUUGAUGAGGCAAUUUCUGAGCUUGACACAUUGGGUGAAGAGUCAUACAAAGAUAGUACAUUGAUCAUGCAACUUCUCCGUGACAACCUGACUUUGUGGACAUCAGACAUCACGGACGAUGCUGGGGAUGAGAUCAAGGAGACAACCAAGCAACCAGGUGAAUAGGCCAUGACAGUAGUGAUGUGGUAGUUGAUGGGAUAUGUAUUACCCUAAAUUAAUAUAGAUCCAAUGUGGCUUGCCAUAGUAGGAUUGUAUUAAUGAAUUUCAUAAUUUCAAGUGCGAGUUGCGCUUGGGAUUUACAAUGUUUCUGUGGUUCUAUAUGUGUUUUAUUGAUGAGAUGAAUGUGGCUUGGUGGUUUAGUGAUUUAUAAAUUUUUUAUUGUUGCGGGUA